UCACCAAGAUCUGAUCCAAAACCUGACUUAUUGCAGUCAUAUCUUUCCUUUCUAUGGCCAACCAGAAGAAUGUCACAGAUUAAUGUCAUCCUUAUCCCACAAAACCAAGGAUCUCUUCUGAUCCAAUCUCCAAAUAAUCCUAGCAGUAAUUUUCAAAACUGCCCAGCUUACUUCUAAGUCGUUGAGUAAAGACCUUCAGACCUACGAUCUACGUCCAAUCACUUCUGACUACAGAUAUUUGCUUUACAAAUGGAGUCUAAAAUGCUCUUCCCCAGAGUGCAUUCAAAUAUUGAUAAACCUCAUUGAAGAGGCAGCCUCAAUAGAUUCACAAGAAGAACAAACACUUUGCAAGAAGUUCCUAGGAUUGCUUGUGUAAGUCAUCAUGCUCAUUAUUUAGAAUAGAUAUGAAUGUCUGGGUAAGCCUGCUAAUAUCCCUAUUUUUUAUUUCUCUCUUACUAGCUAUUUAUCACUUCCAGAUACCAGAAUUCAACAAGUUAGUCACUCUUCUUGAAGAGAAAGGCAUCGGUACUUUGUAAGAAUAUCCUAAUAGAUCUGGAGAUAAUAUCCUUCAACUGCAUGUACAAAGUAAAAAUUAAUGUUAAGCCUUAUAGAAGUUUUUUAACACGCAAGCUAUUGGUAUUCUUUCUUGAUAAUCUGCAAUAGGCGAGCCAAUCAAGUAUUGCUCACAACCAUCAUUUUAUGGGUCCAAUCCAGAUCUGAAUAUGAGCAAAGUGCAAAGAUUCGGAGAAUGAAAUGAUCAUGAACUCACCCGGCUUCAUGAUUGAAGUGUCGACCAGCUUAAAUGGAUCAAUAAUGAAUACUAUGUAACUGUGCAAGAGUUGAUUGACAGCAAAGAGUUCCUUCAGAGACUGGCCCGCAUUAGAGAAAUUCACAUUCGCCAAAGAAAUUUAUUCAAGAUUAUAGAGAGCUAUGAAGUGUUCGAUGAAUUUGCUAAACUCAUUCCAAGCUGUGACGAUCUCACAAUUUCAAGUGUAGACAUGGAUUUAGAUGAUUUAGAAAUGGUGCUAAAGAGUGAGCUCUUCAGCCAACUUAACAAGUUUUGAAUGACUAGUGCAAGCAGAAGAAAUUUUAUAAGGAAAGAUAUCUGAUUUAAAAACCUCGAGCUUUACUUGAGUCAGGCAUCUUUCUCAAUCGGCCAAGACAUUGUAGUCCAUUGAGAAGAUCUCAAACUUCAUUGUGAUGGGAAGGAUUACAAUAUUAGUGAAGGCCAAAUUGAAAUUUACAGUAUUGAGUCCAUCUCCAUGGAGAACUUUAGAGUAGAAAUAGAUCAAACUCAACAGAAAACAUCUCAGGGUGCUUGAAUCAGACUUAGAGCGCCACUUUCUCUUGGAGAGUCCACGAAACUCAAAGGAAUUGCUGUCAAUCAUUAUUAUAAGGGAAAGGGGAUGAGCCAUGAAGGGCCUGCUAAAUAUGAUUAUAAUGAGCCGCUAUCCAAGAGAGUGUUUCCAAGUAAUCACAGACAAAUCGAGUAUAUCCUUGGGUCCAUGAAAUUCAACUUCGAAGAUUUCAAGAAAGAAAUUAAAGCUUUGGAUAAUACUUGCCCUAUACUUUUAGUUUAUAACAUUCCUCGAGCACAGGAUUUAGAUGAUUUCAAAGCUAUUCUUGAUGUUAUGUGUUCAAAGAGACUUACUGAACUAAGAAUCAAUUUCACUUUUCAGAAUAACGAAUGUGCAGAAUACCUCUGUGAAAUGCUCGAAGAAAAUAAAACUCUUUGUAAUCUCUAUGCAACAUUUAUGGACAAAGAUUAUGGGUAUUCUAUUCUUGAGUCAAUAUCCACACUAGACUCUCUAACAUUUCUAUCUCUGAAAUCAGAUUACUCUUGUAAUCACCCUAUUACGGAAACUAUUGAGAAAUACUUGAGUGAGCUCCAAAAGCCUCUUAAAAUCAGCAUCCCAAACCAGAAUAAGACGUUCAAGAGUGAUAACAAGCUCUGUUAA